CAUUAACUUCAUCAGAAAAAAUGAGAUGAGACGAGUCGUUGUGACCGGCUUAGGCGCUGUCACUCCUCUUGGGCUUGGGGCGAAGCGAUCAUGGCAACGCCUCAUUGAUGGAUAUUGUGGCAUUCGCUCAUUGCGUGACAGAGGAGAUAUUUUCAGUACUCUGCCGAGCCAAAUCGCUGGCACUGUUCCACUAGGCUCAAAGGCUGAAGGCGGAUGGGAUCCCACAGAAUGGCUUUCGCCGAGUGAUCAACGAAAGAUGGCACUGUUCGCCCAGUACGCCAUGGCAGCCACUGAAGAAGCUCUCGAAGAUGCAGAAUGGCACCCUAUGCGGGAUGAAGACCUCGAGUCGACCGGGGUGUAUAUAGGUUCCGGGAUAGGCAGUCUUGAUGACGUCGUAAAUACGACCAUUGACUUCGACAAGGGAGGCUACAAAAAGGUGUCGCCGCUAUUCGUGCCACGAUUGUUGAUCAAUCUUGCUGCUGGUCACAUUUCGAUGAGGUAUGGACUGAAAGGACCAAAUCAUGCAGCAACUACAGCGUGUACUACCGGCGCACAUGCGCUGGGCGACGCUGCGAGGUUGAUAGCAUUUGGCGAUGCUGACGUGAUGGUUGCGGGUGGUGCUGAAAGUUGCAUUCAUCCGUUGGCCAUAGCUGGAUUUGCAAAAGCAAGGAGUUUAGCAACGAAGUGGAACGACAAUCCGACCAAAGCCUCCAGACCUUUCGAUAGGGACAGAGCAGGCUUCGUCAUUGGCGAGGGUGCAGGCGUCGUUAUACUCGAGGAAUUGGAACACGCAAAGGCGCGAAAGGCUCGCAUCUACGCCGAACUGAAGGGCUACGGUCUCUCGUCAGACGCCCAUCACAUGACUGCACCACGGGAAGAUGGCGAAGGUCCUAGAAUGGCUAUGAGAAGAGCCUUGAAACAUGCGGGCAUUUCGCCAAGCAUGGUUGACUACAUCAACGCGCACGCAACAUCCACAGUACUUGGCGACGCGGCUGAAAACAGAGCGGUAAAAAAGCUCCUCCUUGGCGAUGGAGCAAAGACAAAUUCUUUUGAUAUCAACUUCAGCAGCUCAAAGGGGGCGAUCGGACACCUUCUCGGAGCGGCUGGCUCGGUGGAGUCAAUUUUUACAGUCUUGGCCGUUCACCAGAACAUCCUGCCUCCCACGCUCAACCUGGACCAUCCAGGAGAGCCUGCCGAGGAAUUUGACUGUAAUUAUGUGUCGAACGUGGCCCAAGAGCACGAAGUAAAUGUGGCGCUCUCCAAUAGUUUUGGAUUUGGCGGCACGAACGCUAGUAUCUGCUUCACCAGAUACAGAGAAUAAGAAAAAAACCUGCUCGUCGCAGAGUGUCUAGCAAAAAUAAAAGCGUCAAGAAAAUUUAGUCGUU